AAGAGAUAAAAAGUGUGUACAUGUUCAGUACAGAUGCAGGGUUUUUGUCGCUGUUGUUACUUCUGUUUUUUAUUUUUUAUCUGAAAUGGGCCAACUCUUGGAGACAGAGCCCAAUGAUUUUUAGGGCUAAGUAUAUAAACUGUUGAGAAUUGUGCCAGUGAGACCCAGGACAGGGGCCACUGGAGCCGUUCCAGUCACCAAGGGGCUCCAUUGAGGGGACUGGAUUAUAAGGCUACCGAAAGGGUGAGACAUUGAAGUAUGGAGAGCCCAGCUGGGUUCUGGGCUUCAGUCACUGGAGGCCAGAAAUGCCGCGUUGCUGCUAGUGCCGAGGCCCUGUGUGUUACACAUAGCCUACAGCGAGUGCAGUGCUGUGGACCAUGGGCUGCACACUGGGUGCGGACAAGACAGAGAUAAGGCUGGAGGGUAGGAGGAGUGAUGGAUUUUAUUUGCAUGAUCUUUAGAAUUACAUGUCUUGAUUUUUUUUUUUCUCGUUUGUUUGCUUUUCCAGACAGGGUUUCUCAGUAGCUUUGGAGCCUGUUCUGGAACUCACUCUGUAGCCCAGGCUGGCCUCAAACCCACAGAGAUUCGCCUCCCAAGUUCUGGGAUUAAAAGCUACAUGUCUUGAUUUUUAAGAAGAGCCCUGGCUUUAUCUCUGUCUCUCUGUCUCCCACCCAGGACACAGAUUCUACUGUAGGAGCUGGGGGCAAGAAGGUGCUCCCGAAGCCUGAACUUCUGGGGAUGAAAAGUCACAUGAUAUGAUGUCUGACAAACUUACAGUGCUGGAGCCUUCCACCUCGGAGCCCGGGGAGUUUCAUGAAGACAGGUUAGCGCAGCUGUUGGGGAAUCCAGAAAAACAGAGCCUCGAGAGUCCCCCCUCUCAGGAGGGGAGCUUCAAACAGAUGACAGUGACCCACUGGAAAAUUCAAACAGGAGAGACAGCCCAGCUAUGUAGUAAGUCAGGAAGAAACCCUGUUCUCAACUCAAACCUUCUGAUACUUCAGAGAGAGCUCGUAGAAGGGGAGGCCCGUUCUUGUGGUGUUGGUGGCAGAAGCUUCCCAUUCAAUUCAAAUCCACAUCCGAUUUCUCACGCAGGGGAGAAGCCUUAUCAGUGUGAUCACUGUGGAAAAGGCUUCAGUCAAAACUCCCUCCUCACCGAACACCAGAGAGUCCACGCUGGGGACAGGCUCUCUGUGUGCAACGUGUGUGGGAAAGACCUCAUUCACUACGCUGACCUAGUCGAGCACCAGCGUAUACACAGCGGCGAGAAGCCGUUCAAGUGUGCACAGUGUGGGAAAGCGUUUUGUCACAGUUCAGACCUGCUUCGACACCAGAGAGUCCACACCAGAGAGAGGCCUUUUGAAUGCAAAGAGUGUGGGAAAGGCUUCAGUCAGAGCUCCUUACUCAUUCGCCAUCAGAGAAUUCACACGGGAGAGAGACCCUAUGAGUGUAACGAGUGUGGGAAAUCCUUCAUUCGGAGCUCGAGCCUUAUUCGGCACUACCAGAUCCACACAGAAGUGAAACAGUAUGAAUGCAGAGACUGUGGGAAAGCCUUCCGGCACCGCUCGGACCUCAUUGAGCACCAGAGAAUUCACACUGGAGAGAGACCCUUUGAGUGUCACGAGUGUGGGAAGGCCUUUAUUCGCAGCUCAAAGCUCAUCCAGCAUCAGAGGAUUCAUACUGGAGAACGGCCUUACGUGUGCAAUGAGUGUGGGAAGCGCUUCAGUCAGACGUCCAACUUCACUCAGCACCAGAGGAUCCACACUGGGGAAAAACUCUAUGAGUGUAACGAAUGCGGCAAAGCCUUCUUUCUGAGCUCGUACCUCAUACGACACCAGAAAAUCCACACCGGCGAGCGGGUGUACGAGUGCAAAGAGUGUGGGAAGGCUUUCCUGCAGAAGGCCCACCUCACUGAGCAUCAGAAGAUCCACACUGGAGACAGACCCUUUGAGUGUAAAGACUGCGGGAAAGCCUUCAUCCAGAGCUCAAAGCUGUUGCUGCAUCAGAUUGUCCACACUGGGGAGAAGCCCUACGUGUGCAGCUACUGUGGGAAAGGCUUUAUACAGAGGUCCAACUUCCUUCAGCACCAGAAGACGCACACUGAGGAGAAGCUCCACCAGUACGGUCAGCAUGGAACGGAUCUCACCCCACCUCCAGACCUCGUCCACCAGGAGGAUCUUUCCCUGAGCGAGACCUCCCUUCAUUUGGGAGAGGCCUCUACAGAUCAGGAGUGUCAUGCAGGUCAUUUAUGAGACAGUCGCUCUUGGAGUCAGUAAGUGGUGCUUGGAAAUGGGCAUACUUAGUAUAUAUAUGGCCUCUAGGAUGUGGCUUGUCACAUUUCCCAAGUCACAGAUAGCCUGCUUGUGGUUAGGUCUGUCGUCUGUCACCAGGUCAGAAAAGCUGAGGUGAAAGAUCCCCGGAGUGGGGAGACUCUCACUCAAGUCUCGGGAUAACACGACCCCCUAGGAACUCACGAGAGACCAUCCUUGCUACAAUCACACAAGGUUUAUUGACAGGACAGGAACCAGUGCACUGGG